AUGCCUGAGCUAAAAAUAGCCACAUACAAUUCAUCGACACUGUCAAUGAAACUUCAGCAUGGGCGGAAUCAUAAAAUUUUUGGAUCAAAUGAAGAAGAUGCUGCGGAGAUGCUCAGAGAUGGUGAAGGAAGAUCAACUACAAGUACGAUAUGUGGGCAGAAGGUUGAAAGUAUCCCUGAUCUACUCUGUGAAAAGACACAGAAAACUAACAACCAGCCUGGUAUAUCAGUUGUGACUGUGGCAGAGGUUAAAAAGAGAGGGUUCAAGGAAAAAGAGGAGGUAGACAAUAAGCCAUGGACACGUGCAUACAGCAAACGUCGUCGUAUAGCACAUUUAGAAAAUGAUAAAGAAGUUACUGACCUCAGCAGACAUUGUCGGAGAGGUUAUGUUGAUGAUGUGAAAGAUAAGGAUGAAGAGUCGGAGGAGGAAAAAGAAGAUAAAGAUAGCGAGUCAGACGUUGCCAAUGAUAAUGACCUCCCUUCUGAAUUAAAAGGACAACAUGCCUCCCAGCUGCUCAGGAAGCUGCCAUAUUCAUGUCUUGGGAAAAACAUAUUCGAUCGACAGAGAAUCAUGGGACUUAUUAUCCAAGGAACCCAUUGUGUCUCGUGCCCCCACCAUUACUACUCCGAACCUGUCUGUACACAUCAUCAGAGUGUCUGUAGUGCGUCCAACCCAACUCAAUUGCCCGGUCCGGCUUGCCAUGGCAAGUUGAUGUCGUAUCGUAUUCGGCAUCUGCCGAGGUCUUCAUUUUCUUUCUUAAUUUGGCCGUGGAGUUUGACACCCUCGAACUAGUGGCAGAUAAUGCGUCGGACAAUUGAAGUAACGAUUUAGCACUCCCGAACGCAGCUGACGGUAAUGUACGUUGUGUUGCAGGAGAAUCCGAGGACGAAAUUCUGGAUGCAGCUUUUCCCCCAGUAGUUCCGGAUUGCAGAGAAAGCGUUUGGAGGCUAUGUGAUGAUGGGUGUGAUGAGGUAGAAGAGUUUUCAACUCUUUCAGGAAUGUCGAAAUUAUCAUCAUCAUCCAUUUCAACAUCAUCAUCGAAUGGGUUCAGAAGCGGCCGUAUCUGCUGAGGAAUCAUCGACGAGACUCGUUCCGUCAUGCUGUCAACAGUUGAGGGAUCUUUCCCACCCCCUUUUGCCAUCCUUUCACGCUUUUCUUCAGCAAUGUCCUUCUUUGCUCUCAUUUUAACAUUUUUCCAAAACGUCUUGAGCUGUGCUUUAUCUCGAUGGUGUACAUUUGUUCCGAGUUGUACUUUCUAGUAACACUGUCCCACGCAAGUUCCUUUUUCUUUGAAA